UUUUGAAAGAAACAUAAUGAAAGUUCUGGUAUUUUUCGCUUUAAUUGCAUUCGCCGCAGCCGGUGAGUUUGCCUUAAAGGACAAACCUGUGUUCCUCGAGGACUUACCCAUUGAUGGUCAAAUCAGUGGUCGCAUUACCAAUGGUAACAAAGCCUCGGCAGGUCAAUUUCCUUACCAAGUUGGCUUAUCAAUUACAACAUCAGGUGGCACUUCCUGGUGUGGAGGUUCUUUAAUUAGCCAAAAUUAUGUAUUAACUGCCGCUCAUUGUACCAAUGGUGCUACUUCAAUUGCUGUUUACCUCGGUUCUACAGUACGUACUUCACCUACAGUAACUCGCACAGUCAGCAAAAGCAAUAUAAUUCAACAUAGUGGAUACAAUUCAAAUACCUUGGCCAAUGAUGUUUCUUUACUUUAUAUCGCAGCUGUGUCAUACACCACCAAUAUACAAGCCAUUAAGUUACCAGCUAUCGCUUCUUCCUAUUCCACAUAUGCCGGUUCUUACGCCAUCGCCUCUGGUUGGGGACGUACCAGCGACAGUUCAUCUGUAUCCAGUACACUGAACUACGCCCGUUUGCCGGUUAUAACUAACAGCGUAUGCUCUUCCACUUAUGGCUCCAGUGUAAUUACAUCAGCAGUAAUUUGUGUUUCAACUCCAUCUGGUACAUCUACUUGCCAAGGUGAUUCUGGUGGCCCAUUGGCCUUGGAAUCAAGCAAGGAACUUAUUGGUGUCACAUCUUUCGUUUCAUCGAAAGGUUGCGCUUCUGGUGCUCCAGCUGGUUUCGCACGUGUAACCAGUCACUUGGCUUGGAUCAAAACAAAUUCUGGAGUUUCAUAUUAGAACGACAUUAUAAAUACAACUGAAAUAAAAAACUGAAUUAUAUAAUCUAUAA